CGCAUGCGCGCAGCGGAGCUCCAUCUUUCCAUCCCGAGCGCAGAGGAGCAGCGGAUGUGUUGAUGCCUUCAGUCGUUUUGUUUUUAUUCUUAAAGGCCCAGAGUGGAUGUGAAAUAAACCCGCGCGGACUCUUCCUCCGUUAUUGUCCUCCGAGGAGCCUCCAGCACCGGGAAUGCGGCUGUUAUGAGGUAGAUCGAGCCGCUGCUGCUGCGCUUCGGCCGCGGCGACACAUUAGAGAGUGAAUCCGCUGCAGGAGCGCUUCCGGCCCGCAGGAGAGCAGGAGCCAUGGGUGUGCGAGAGCGACUCCUGAGCGGCCCCUGAGUGCCGCAGACGCAUCUCCUGACCUCGCCUCUUCUUCUUCGGUCUCAGUUAUUCUUCUUUCAGACUCUUUCUCAUGGCUCCGGCCGGCUGGACCGCAGCGGCGGCGGGGUCUGUGUCUGCGUGCGGCGCUGCGCUUGAGACGCCGUGCCGUCUGUGACUCCGCCCCCUGAGCUGGACUUCCUCUUCUAAGCGUCAGGAUGCGACACGGCGCCGGCACGCAGAUGAGCGCCUGAUCUGCAGGAGUUUAGCACUGGACCAUAAACAUGAAUGGAGGAAAAGAGCGGGAGGGUGCCCUCGCCCUGGUGCCCAUCGGCUGGCAGAGGAAGCUGGAGGCCUCGGGUGUCCUGUACAUCAGCCCCAGCGGAUCAGUGCUGUCCUGUCUCGAGCAGGUCAAGUCUUACCUGCUGACCGAUGGCACCUGUAAAUGUGGCCUGGAGUGUCCACUCAUCCUCCCGAAGGUUUUUAACUUUGACCCUGGAGCGGCGGUGAAGCAGCGGACAGCAGAGGACGUGAAGGCUGACGAGGACGUGACCAAGCUCUGCAUCCACAAGCGGAAGCUGAUUGCUGUGGCAGCGCUGCAUAAGAGCAUGGAGCUGCAGCCGCCAGCGCUCACACUCACAAGCCCCGGAGGAGGCACCAGUGUGAGCUCCAUGUCUGCGGCUCCGCCUCGAGCAAUAAGAAAUAAGACCCACGAAGGCCAGCCGGAGUGCAGGAACCCCUUCAAGACGAUGAUGGCGGCCGGGCAGCGGCUCUUCUCUCCAGACCUGUGCCCGCAGCAGCAGCAGGACGGGUUCCAUGCAUACCCGCGACAGAGGCUGAAUGAGCCCGGGCACAGGUCUCCAUACCGCAGCGGGCACAGUGGCAUGCUGAGCCCUCCGGCACAGACCUUCGGGGACAGUUCGGUUUCCCCCAGAACAGACGCUCUCGGCAGUCCUGACGGGGUUCUGCGUGGCACGGUCUGUGGGUUUCAGGGCACUGGAAGCCCUGGGGCCAUCCACAGCAGCAGCCGCGUCCCUCUGUCAUCCCCUGGGGUCCUGGCACACGGCUCGCCCGCCACCCCGUCCUCCUGUGUCAUGACGGGCAGGACUAACAUGCCUCUGUCGCCCCCCGUGCCCAACAAGAGCCCCGUCAUGAAAAAACCCCUGUGCAACUACCCGCCCGGCAUGGACUCCAGCAGGGGUGUGUUUCACCAUAAGGCCCUGUCUGUGUCUGCGCCUGCCCUGCCGCCGCCCUGCGCCCUGCAGAAUAAACCGCUGAGCUCCGAAAAAGACCCACUCGGCAUCCUGGACCCCAUUCCCAGUAAACCCACCCCGUCCCCUUUCCAGUCCAGCGCCCACUCUCAGGUACCAAUGAUGAAUGUAAACAUCCCGCCCGCCAUCGUCCCACUACCCAGUAACCUGCCCUUGCCCACAGUGAAGCCGGGCCCAGUGGGACACAUGCAGAGGGCACCGCACGCCACGUCCAUCUCCCCGUCGCCCGUCACAUCCCCUGUGCAUAUGUCUGUGCCCGCGCUGAGCCGUGUGGAGGCAUCUCCGCAGCGCUCCCGGUCCUCGUCCACCUCCUCGGAGCAGGGCAGCUUCGCCGUGCCCCCGUGUGGCAGCAUGAAGGUGCCGCCGCGCUCGCCCCGCUCUGCCAUCAGCUCUCCGCGCCCCGCUUUGCCCUCCAGCCCGUCUGCCAAGCCGGAGGCUCUUCAUUCGUACAAAGAUGUGCCCGCCCAGCUGCUGGCAGGGAUGAGUGGCAUGAGCGGUCAGCACAACCCCAUGUACCCGCCUGCCCCAGCGGGCGCCGGGCCGCAGAAGGAGCACCCGGGUCUGCUGGGCAUGCCACUGAACCAGAUCCUUAACCAACACAACGCUGCCUCUUUCCCUGCCAGCAGCCUCCUCUCAGCUGCCGCCAAAGCACAGCUAGCAAAUCAAAACAAGCUAGGCAGCGGCAGUGGCGCGGUGGGCACGGGGGCGUCCGCUGGGCUCUCCUGCUCGCUCACUACGCCAGAUGCCAGCAGACCGAUGGAGGGCCACACUGCGUUGAACCCCAUGCUGCCGCCCAACCCUGCCAUGAUGAUGCCCAGCGGCGAGGCUCAGAGCGGGCGCGCUGCCCUUCGGGACAAACUCAUGGCACAGCAGCGUGACCCGCUGCGCAAGAGGAAGCAUCCCGUAAGCGCUGCCCACCACGAGAACAAUUUCUUCAACAUGGCUGGUAUAAGGACACCGUGCCCGCCGGCCGAGCAGAUGAGGAAAGCUGCCCGCUUGCCCUCUAACACGUCUAUGGCGCAGCUGUUGCAGUCUCUGAGUAACCACAGCUCCCACAGGGGCAGGAGUCCAGCCCUCGCCAGCCCCGGGCGGGCACACUUCGGGGAGGGGGCGCAGGUACAGCAGCGGGCACAUGGGCAGCCCGACUCCAUGCUCUGCCCUGCUGUGGAGCCCCAGAGCCACUACUCUGGCAUGAUGAACCAGAUGCAGCCCGCGGCUAUGGGCAACUGUGGACCCGUGAACCACAGUGGUGCAGUUCCUCUGGCAAACCACAUGAUGGCUCACACGGGCACUCACUUUCAGCAGCACGUCCAGCCUAAUGCCAACUGCAUGCUUCCCAGCGGAGAGUCCUGCUGCCCGCAGCCCAUGGCAGACGCAGGUGAGCCCAAUCCGCUGAGCUGCAGCAUGGCCAACACUGCUCAGAUGGCUGGCAUGAUGCCCGCCGCAGGGCACAUGUACCACCAACACCACCACCACCAGCAGCAGCAGCAACUUCACCCGGCUCUGCAGGGCAUGCAUGGGGUCUCUACAUACCCAAGCCAAUCACACUCCUUUACUACGGGCCCGUUCACAGACAACAGCGUCCCCAAAUCCAGCAGUGUGCCCUGCCUGUACCAGGAUUACCAGGGAUGUGUGACUGACAGCGGGCAGUCUGGCAUGGUGUCGCACUCUGGAGAAGCGGGCAUGUACCGCGAGGGUCAACAGAAGCUGCAGGGAGACAUGCCUGUGGUGCCAGGAGGUCAGGGGUCAGUGGAGUCAGUGGAUGCCAUCUACAGGGCGGUGGUGGAUGCGGCGGGCAAAGGUGUGCACGUAACCAUCACCAGCAGUGUGAGCGGCUCCACGCAGGCCAGCCCUGUGCCCGCGCUCAGUGCCAUGAGUGCCUUCACCGCCUCCAUUGGGCCGCCGCGCAGCCUACCUCAUGCCACCAGCGCUGUCAUCCAUGCGCCGCGCAACGCAGAGUGCCCGGAACCGCCACACAGCCGGCCACCGGUGCCCAACCACGCCCGCAGGAGCGCUGAGGAGCAAAGCAGUGACGCGGCUGACGGGCACCAGUUCUUCCGCUCGCCGAGUGCCGCCACGCCGCGGGCACAGUGGGAUGAGCCCGGGCUCUGGAGGAGCGAGGAGUUUCUGGAGUGCUCCACAGCGGUGCCCAGUGGGCGAGUGGAGCGCCAGUGUCCAGCAGAGCCGCCGCAGACCCACGAGCCCCCCGACACCCACACUGAUGAUGCUAGUCUGCGCUUUAACCACCGCACCGGCACCGGCAUGAGAGAGCGACUGGAGCCGGCGGAGCGGUGCCCGCAGCUGAACGGCUCGCUUGCCCGCGCCGGGUAUGGGGAUCCGCUGACCGCAGAGGACCAGUCACCCGGCUCAUCCACCAGUCUGGAUGGCCCGAUCCUCAAAGACUACACACACUUCAACGGGCACUUUAACGGGCACUGCGCACCCAGCCCCUCCGACACCAAGAGCCUGAGCAGCGAGGAGGAGCUGCGGCACCCGGACUCACCCUCCGCUGACUUGCUGCACUACAGGCCACGCCCCUACAACAUGGGUGAGCUGGUCUGGCCAAUCACAGGCUUCCCUGCCUGGCAGAACAAGCUGGCAGAAGAGCAUGGACGCAAUCCCAGCAUGCAGCUGGCAGAGCAGGCCAAGGUGGAGCCAGAGCAGCUGAAAACACUAACACACGACCUGCAGGCGCUGGACCGAGCCAGCAAGAAGAGCCGGAAGGCAGGAAAGCUGAACCAUCAUCUAGAAGCUGCGAUUCACGAGGCCAUGAGCGAGCUGGACAAGAUGUCUGGAACUGUCCACCAAGACCGUCAGGUCAAACUGCCCAAACCCAAGAGGAGGAAGAUCUCCAGAUAACAGCAGCGCUCCUGUGGCUCCGCCCCUCGCUGUGACUCCGCCUAUCUCUUUGAUUCCGGUGCUACACUCUAGCAGAUGGCUCAGCGUGGCCCCGCCCCUCCCACUGACUGACAGGUGCUGGAUCAGCCAAUUAGAGAAGGCAGACAGACAGCUUGCUGAAGAACUGUUUUUUUCUAGUGUACAAGAAAAGACAUGAGACAUCUACAGUACUGCGCUCACCACAGACAGUCCAAAUAUUUCUGAUAUGUUUUCAGUGUGUAUAUAGACAAUACAGAAAUUUCAUGGUAAAACAUGGGAAGAAGUGUAAAUACUGUAGGAUAAUGAGAUGUACAAGCCAACUCAAUGCACACUUUAUCUUCAGCUGUACAAAAACACAAAGCAGAAACGUCUGAUCGGCCCGUACGGCUCUGCGACGUUACCGUCAAUAAGAGUCCAUCUGAGACUUUUGUAAGCUUCGGUUUGUGUGUGUGCGUGUGUGUGUGUGUGUGUGUGUGUGUGUGUGUGUGUCGGACUAGACUUCACCAGCUGAUCAGGCUUCUUGACUUCAGCUCUUGGGCUUCUCUGUAAAGUUCAGGUCUUCCAGCACUAAACACUAAUAUUUUCAUUCCUUUGUCAUCGUCCUGCUCAUUUUGCUGUGAUGUUUUCUGUCCUCAUGCGGCUGUUUUGGCCUUACUUCAUGGUCUUGUCGUGUCUCUGCGUUACACUCUGGUUUGUGAGGUUUGGUUCGAGUCGUUCUCACUGUAACGGCCAACAAGAGGGAAACUGGGCUGAUCAUGUGGAUGAUGUGGAGCUCGCUGUUCAUCAGGAAACUUGGCAAUAACACGGCCCUGUGCACAUACUCGCUAAAGCCUUAUGCGUGUGUAUCUCUCACACACACACACACACACCCUUCAGUAUUAUUCGGUGAACAGUGUUUUUUUCUUCAUGAUGUAUUUUCUCUUUUGUUGACGUUCGCCUCAUCAACAGAUGGACGUGUGGAAGGGGUUCAUGUUUGUCUCCGCAUUCAGACCAGUUCCUCAAUCAUUUCAGCAGUGGGAAUCAUGUGGAGAUCACAUGACCAGCUGAACCCUGAUCGCCUCAAGAAACACUUCAUACACACAUCUGCUGAAAUGGAGAUCUGCUGCUGAAUCUCCUGCAGACUCUGUAAACUCCUGCUGCAGCUGAUGGGAAACUGUGUGUCUGCCCAUAGACAGGGUCACCCUGAGAGGUCAGAGGUCAGCGUUGAGCCUUUAGGGUCAGGACAGGUCAUACACCAUUACUGUAGAUUGUGACGAUUUGCCAGUAACACUAACUCAGUAUGAAGAGCUGAUUCAGUGAAUUCUGUGUGUAAACUCUAGACAUGUGGAGGAUUUACAGCGCUUCGCUCGUCCGUUCACACUCAAAACUCUAAACUAGGGCAGUCAACAGCAGACUUGGGUUGUUUUUUCUUCUUGUUGUCGGUCUUUACUGAAAUUUCACUACAAAAUUAAGUGCAAUAUUUCCAUUCAGUGGAACCGAAAACUAAAUCGACAUCAAUAUUGUUUAACAUGGUGUUCCAGAGGUGAAAUCAUUCAAGCCUGUUCAGAGAGACACGCAGAUGAGCGAGUGUGUGUGUGUGUGUGUGUGUGUGCGUGCUGGUGAAGUCGGCUCCGUGUCGUGCUGCGCAUCCGUGUUCAGAGUCACUGUUCAAGGUCAAAACAUUUGUGUUCAUGUGCUCAGUGUUGGCCAAAACUCCUCCAUCGCUCUUCUGUUUCUUUCAUCUCCUCCAGUGUGUGUGUGUGUGUGUGUGUACAUUUUUUUGUUCUUUGCUUGCUAUUUUCUGAUUGGUAUCUGACUGGUGUUGCAGACCUUUCUGAUGUCCAUAUUUUUGGAUGCGUAUCUGAGUAUAUAUUUUCUCACCAGUAUGUACUUUACAGCAGUCGACUUGCUAAAGUAUGUUGUGCACUUGAUUAUGUUUGUUUCUGAUAGCUUUGAUGUGGCUGUUAGCUUUAGUUUGUUCAAGUCCAUCAUUUCUCAUCGUUUCUUUUGAUUUUUUUUAAAGAUGUCCUAAACAGCAGUUUUGUAAAUAUUGUGAACAUUACAGGUCAUGCUGUGAUGUGACAUUGAGAUGACGUUGCACCAAUGUUUCAAUUAAAACCUGGUCACUAAA